GGCGGCCUGAGGUGAGGGCCGGCCAGCCCCGCUGGGAAUAUGGCGACCGGUGGCUACCGGGCCGGCGGCGGCAGCACCACAGACUUCCUGGAGGAGUGGAAGGCCAAGCGGGAGAAGAUGCGCGCCAAGCAGAACCCCCCGGGGCCGCUCGCUCCCGGCGGGGGCAGCGGCGACGCGGCCGGGAAGCCCCCGGCGGGGGCGCUGCCCACCUCGGGCGCCCCGGGCGAGCUUAACAACAACCUCCCCGGCGCGGCCGCACCUGCCGCCCCCGGCCCCGGGGGCGUGAACUGCGUCGGGGGCUCCGCGGCGCCGACCCGGGGCGCCCCCGGCCCGCGGCGGACGGAGGACGAACCCGCCGCCGGCGCGGGCGCCGCCUCCUCGUCCUCCUCGUCGGGGACGCAGCCGGCCCGGGGUGACGAGGAGGAGCCGGACGGCGCCCCGGAGAAGGGCAAGAGCUCAGGCCCCAGCGCCAGGAAGGGGAAGGGGCAGAUCGAGAAGAGGAAGCUGCGGGAGAAGAGGCGCUCCACCGGCGUGGUCAACAUCCCCGCGGCCGAGUGCCUAGAUGAAUAUGAAGAUGAUGAAGCAGGACAGAAAGAGCGGAAAAGAGAAGAUGCAAUUACGCAACAGAACACGAUGCAGAAUGAAGCUGCGAGCUUAUUAGAUGCAGGCACUUCCUAUCUGCUUCAAGAGCCGUCUAGAGCAGUUUCAGGCAGAUAUAAAAGCACAACCACUGCCUCUGAAGAAGAUGUCUCAAGCAGACAUCCCCGAACAGACAGAAGUGCAAUCAGCAGAUACAGGGAUGCAAAUGCUUCAGGUAAUUUGGUCACAAGUAGCACAUUGGAAAAGAAAAUUGAAGAGCUUGAAAAGGAAAUAGUAAGAGAGAGACAAGAAAAUUUAAGACUUGUGAGACUAAUGCAAGAUAAAGAGGAAAUGAUUGGAAAACUCAAAGAAGAAAUUGAUUUGUUGAAUAGAGACCUAGAUGAUAUAGAAGAUGAAAAUGAACAACUAAAGCAGGAGAAUAAAACUCUUUUGAAAGUUGUGGGACAGCUAACAAGGUAGAAGAUUCAAGGCUCAGUGUGGAAAAAAAAUUUUAAAACUACUGAUUGAAUGUUAUGGUUAAAGUUAGGGCAAGAUUCCUGUGCUGCAAUAUGUUAAACUGUGUAUAUUUAUUUCUAGAAAACAGUAAAUGUUUAUUUUCAAAUAUUUUUUUUUGCAUUGUUAGCUUCAAAAAAGGAUCAAGCUUUUUUUUGUUCCAUGAAUAAUAAGUAUCAUCAUUGAUUAUUAAAACAGGUUCUGUUUAGUCUGGUUUUUGUGAUAUUCAAAUAAUAUGUGGUUAAAAGUCACGACCAUUUGAGUAUGUUUUAUCUGUGGGUAGUGCAUUUUCUUAAAGGAAAAUACGUAGUAGUCUUUGUUUACAUGAGUUCAAAUACUUUUGGGGAAUUACCUGAAAAUACCUUAUUACUGUUGUGUUUGACCUUUUAUAUUUUGAUGAUUUACUGAUAAAAAUCUUUGUGUAUUGUCAUUUUUUUAUUUCAACUUAUUCUAAGCAAUUUAGAGUAAUACUGAGUCACACUCUUGUAUACAGUCAUCUUUAAAAAGGAGAGCUAUUAUAAAAAGCCACUUAAUAUCAUGCACUAGUUGACUAAAUAUAAAAUUUUAAAAGAAUACUUGAAUUGUGCUAUAUUAAAUUAAAAUGUACUAUUUUGUAUUUGAAUAUGAAAAAAAUUUAAAUUACUUUAACUUCUGAAAAACAUACAGUUGUAAUUUUUAUAUAAAAUUUCUUAUGUAGGUACUACCUUUUUAUUAUUCCAAGGUUUAUAAGUGAACAUGGGAUAUUUAAAAAAUUGUUUGUUCUUCAAGCCUGGAGAGUGUGUACAAUUUCAGUGUAUAAGAAAAGCAAUCCAUAUUUUUAAUUAUUACAUGCAUUAAAAAAUCAAAACCAAAAAUUUCACACUCAGAAAAUUUAUACUUACAUUAACAAAGUAGUUUAUACAUAGAAAUAGUACUGAAAUACUUUGCUUAACUUUUAACUUAGAGAAUAACACUGUGACAUGUUGUUCUCAUGUGAGAAUUAUUUCCCUACCUCAAAUUUAAGGGAUUUUCUUCCUAAUAUUGGACUUUUAAAAACAAUUAUUUUAAAUAAUUCUACAGUUUUUUCCUCCUAUUAAAUAUUAUUGUCUAGAGCUUUUUUAUAUUUUGCAUUUCAUGUUGAAUAAGGAAACCUUGUGUUUAAAAUCCAUUAAGAAAUACCUGCCUGAUAGUUGAAUUUCAAACAUUAUGCUGAUAUCCUUUUAUCCAAUUAAUGUACAUAAUUGGCUUGAACAUAGUAAAAUCCAUUUUGAGCACCCUGCUGACUCUCUUUCUUUCUUUUGCCAAGCCUGUUCAUUAUUCACUAUUAAUAAAAUAGAAAAGGUGAGAUAAUUUACAAAUGAAAACGUAAAGUAAUUGAUAAAUACCAGAUGUUGAAUUCUAAUAUUUUCAGCAGUUACCUAGGUUGUCUUUCCUCCCACUCCCUUCCCCCUUCAGAAGUUUCAACCUUGACAGAGCAGCAGAAUCAACUUGGGUUGAAUGCUUAAAAAUGAAUUCCCUGGCUAUAGUUUCUAGAUAGGUUUAAGUUGAGACCCUAGACAGAAUUUUUUGAGCUCACCAUCUGAUGAUUCUGAUCAUAAACUAGGUUUGGAAACUGUCAUUACCUCUUCCCUCCUAUAUCUUCCCCUUAAAGACCCUAGAAUUAACACAGUUUUAACUACUAACAUUUCCCCUUCCCCCCACUUUAAUAAUUGCCUAGUAAGUUUUUGUAUGUCCAUAUAUAUUUUACAAAAAUUUCAAUGAUGUAGCUGCAAUUACCGUAUAAAAGGGCAUCUCUUUGGAGAAUAUUACCUGGCACGGGAACUGAUCAUCCCACCCACCAUGUCGAAGUGGUACGCCAGACUCAGUCACCACCUUUGGCUGUGAACUUCUCAUCUCUCUUUCCUUAGGUAUGUGGCAGAAAUAUCAAUAUUGCCUACUUUCCUAUCUACACUGUGGAUGUGGGUGAAAUGCUGUCACUAUACAGCCUUAAACUGUUAGUAUUGUUUUCUUCAGUAAAAGAAACAUUUCAGAUAUGCUCUUUCAUCCUGUGGAAGGAAAAGAAUAUUUAACAUCCCUUUUAAAAGUUAUACCAGUAUGCUGAUGCUUCUCAAGACUGAGCUAUUGUAAAAUUUUUUUUCUUUAGUUUAUGAGGAACAUUUCCAAGAUUGAUCUUUUACAUAGUGGUACCAAGUGCAAAUACGGAAGUCUGACAACUUAAGGCACGCAGUCAUUUCUCUCACCUUUAAAAUGUAUAUUUCUAUCACAUAAAGACUUUUGCACUGAAUAUUGAAAAAUAAAGUAGGAUCUGCUAUAACUUCCUUUUAAAUUUUAUAAAACAAAAUUGAGAUUUUAAAAAGGUAACAUGUGCAUUACCUUAGAAAGCUUGGCUGUUAUCAAUAAAGUACUAGUAUUUGUGAAAUUAUUAGUACCAUUCAGAAUUAUUUCUUACAUUUCCUGGGUAUUUGUGACAUAAUAAAGCAUAUCCAAAGUUCUAUUGUGUUCAUGAUAUUAUUUUUUAAAUAAUUCUUUUUUAAAUGUGACUUGCUUUCAUGACUUAUGACAUGCAUUAAUUUGGAAAUUACUAAUCUCUCAUUUUUGUGGAAUUACUAUUAAUUUUAUUGUGCUGCAGGUGCCUGGAGAGAAGCGGAGGAAGGCUAUAGGACAUAUAUUUCUAAAGGAAUUUACUAAAUAGUAGAGAUGCAUUGUCAUGCUUGCUCAAGUAGUUUAAAGCAUAAAAUUAAGCUUUGUGGGCAGGUCAUGAAGCAGUGUAUUUUUUUUUUUAAAUAAUCUUAAACAUUGUGAUAGAAGCAUUGUAUUCCUAAGGUAAAAAACUUGUAUCAGUUGCAUCUCAUUUCUGUUUUCUGGACUAAUUUGAAUUUUUAGAUUAGAAAUUAAAAGGUGGGAUUUACUUGUUGAAAUACUUGUUGAAAAUAAUGGAAGUCAAUGUAUUACAUGUAUUUAUAUGUUCACUGCCAUAAGGCAACCUAGGUAAGACCUUGGGUUUAGUAACUGAUCUAAUGUUCUUUACAUUAUUUAUAUGUACAGUAAGUAGUCCUCUUUCAUCUUUUUUUUUUUUGGUAGUUCGUGAUUUUGAGUCAAUGCCUAGUAAGUUUCACAAAAUAUUAGCAUUUAAUCAUAAUUUUAUUAAUAACCAAUUACGAGAUUCAGGCAUAUGUUUUGAUUUUGCAAUUAAGAAACCAAACACCAGUUUUUCAUUGGGGAGAAUAUAUUAGAACUAACAUUAGAAAUCAGAAUUUUAAAACCACAUAUUAAAAUCAAUGCUAAACAUUCUCAUACUAUCUCUGAACCAUCCCUAAUAUGUACCAAAACUUUGACUUCCUUUGCUUGAUAACUAGGCUCUCAAAUAAAGGAUAUCACAUUGAUUAGGAUUGCAACAUUUAUCAAGUAUCUGAGAACUAGUGACACUUUCGUUGUCCCAUUAAUACAUAAUACUAUUAGACAGUGAACAUUUUGCUCAUCAGAUAUAUCAACAAAGGCAGUUACCCCCAUGCUAUUAGUUUCUCAUUAAGUAUAGCAGUUCCUUUUCCAUUCUGUGUAAAAACUUCAACCAUACUCAAAGAAAACCUGAGCCUUUGAUUUUUUUUUUAAAUUUCAUUUUACUUAGGUAGAAUCUCAUAGCAUGUUAAAGUCAUUUGCCCCUUUUAUCCCCCAAACAAUUACACUUUAGUAUAUGAGAGGAAUAUGAGUGAGGGAGUUACAGUAAAUUUUAUACUAACUAUUCUUUCAUCAAGUGUGUCUUACUCAACUGGGUAUACGGUUAUAGAUAUUACAGGAUUUAAAAAAAAACAAAAACAAAGUAAAACCAAGGACAUAGACCAACCCGCCCACCUAGCUGUAUGCUCUAUGUAGUAGUGUAUGUCAUUAGUACAAAGUGCAGUCUUAACUAGCAUUAGCUAGUCUAACCUGAAUAGUGCACUCAAAAGUAUUUUUCUUUGUAUUAAUUAUUCAGCCAUUGUCUUUUAGGUCUGGCUAAUAGGUACAGUUUAAUUUGCUGUAGCAUUUACUGAACAGUGGAAUGAAAGACCUGAUGCACAUUGGGAAGUGUCUCACUGUAUUUAAUUAUACCUUAUGGAAAGACUGUUUUAAAGCAAUUUGUAGCAGUAAUGAAGUAAGAAGAAUUAAAUGUAUGUCAGGUAUACCAAACUCUGGAUUGUAUAUGUGAUUUAGUGUUUUUGUACACAGUAUUGAUUACUGGUUUGUUUUUAGAUAUUUUAAGUCUCAUAAACCAUUCAUACAUUGGCUCUCCCUUUGGUAUUAGUCAGCUAUUACUGAUGAUCAGUUCAUAGUCUUUUAUUACAUGCCUAUUUUCCUUUUAUUUUGAUACCUAAUAUAUAUCUAUUACUUUUUUGGUGAAUUUGUUUCUUGAAAGAUUUGACUAGGUAUUUGGGAUUUGUUUUUUUUUCCCUCUAAAUUUAAAUAUCAGCAAAGAUCAUAUGAAAGUUAAAUUUACUGUUUUGUUGAAAAAUUAGCUAAUUCAGGCAAUCCAAGUAUUUGUAGAGUUAUUGAUCACAUUAGUAUUGUGUAGACAGCUUUCAUAUUUCCAUUGCGUAAGUUUUCAUUGUGGAGUAGUUGUCAACUUAAUAUAGAUUAACUUUUAAUAUGAUUUGCAU